AUGAAGAGACCAACAAAGCCACAGGAGAUCUCAUUUAAAACUGUGGAUGAUUUCUUGGCCUUCGAAGAAGUUGAUGAAGAAAUUUAUAAUGAUUUGGUGGGAUACUUCAUUUAUCUUGGACGAGCCAAUCCAAUAGAUUGCGCCGCGGAAUAUUUUCGCAGCGUAUUUCCAGAAGACGAGGAGGUUUCAUCACACCUCACUCUAAAUGGAAAAAGUGGACAACGAGGGGGCUGUAAAUUGCGGGACAGUCGCUUCGCUCAGGCAUGUCAAGAUGCCAUGAACUCAAACAAAUAUUUUAUUAAUCCCAACAACGUCGAAUUUUAUGACGCCCUGGAAAAGGCUUUAAAAAGUCUUAAAACCAGAAAAUGGCGUUACAAUAAGAAACGGCGCCAAGAAAAUGAGGAGGACGUCCCACCAAAUCGACGCCGCCGAAUAGACAACGAAGAUGAGAAAACUACAGAAUUUGAAGAUAUCGUGGAGACUGAGCAGGAGAUCGAUGAUGACGAAAACUUAGAGAACGAUUCACUUGGUGGCAACGAUGAACUAACAGAGACUCAACACACGGAGGAAACUGAGGAGAUUGAAGAUACGGAGGACGCUCUCUG